GUCAAGAUGAUUUUGGCGUCCGAAACUCCGGUCAAGAUAAUAUGCCGCAGCAAUAGAGUUUGUCGGUGCUUUCUUUAGCUCGUAAGCGACAUGCGGCGAACGUCCGUACCAGGAUAAAAAAGUAGCUGUACUAGAACUAGCAAUGCAAAACAUGAUGGCAUAAUCCGCAUCUGAGCUGCAACGCAGUAGCUGCUUUAUCUGUGAAACUUCUAGCAUCACAUUGACUUAAAAAUAUCGUUGAGACCGUAUUGAGUAUCUACAUUUCAAUACAUCAUCACGUAGCUGCUUUAACUACAUGCGGUCGAGAAAGAGCGACUUUUACUAGCCAUUCCCUUGUUCGGCGACGUCGAGCAAAACAGGCCGCAUCUUCGCGGACCGCAUACAAGCACAUCAAUUUUCCUGGCCGUAUUUCUAGCAGGCAGCAAUUGUAACUGCAUCUUCUCGUCCCUUCUCGCGCCUCGGACGAUUGACGAUACUUUCACACGACUUGUUUCCGCCGUCUGAGAAAAACCCCUAUGGCUGUGAUGAGCGAAGUACCCAGAUCGCCAACACCGGACGAAAAUGCGGACGAGGAGCCGCCGAGGUACAGUAGUAGAGUUAUGCAUUGCAAAUAUGUCUGGGUCUGGAAGAAUGCAAACUUGUGAUGCGCAUUUCCCAACACAUAAAAAUCUCUCAUGCAUAGGCAGCAAGAGUUGCCCACUUUCUGUCACCAAAGUGGGGCAUUUGUCAUGCAGAUUCGGCAUUGCGGAAGCUUCUCGAAACCUGUGAUGCUAGAGCUUCCAUGCUAGACCUUCUGUGUCAUGCAAAAGCAGCGUGACUCUUGCAGACCCAGACAUUUUUGCAUUUGAUAACAGUGGAGUACUUACAAUUUUCUAAUUCUGAGUACACACUACACAUUUCUUUUUCUGGAUGUUGUGCUGUCACGGGAAAUUCAUUCUUGCGGUGUGUAAAAAUUUGAAUUCGUCGUGCAGGUCGUGGUCGUUGUCGUACAAUUGAGAAUGAAAAACUUCCAGGUCACCACCUCCCACCGACGCACCAAACGGCCAGGCAAACGGCAACGGUGCUAUGAAAAUGGACGAAACGUCAAUUUUGUGUAUGGACAAGCUGUGUCGUGUGCUGUGCUCAUCUUCAUUCUAAGCGUCAUGGAAAUUCACAGCUAAGUAGUUUCGCAGAAGAAAGAUCAGGCUUUUCGGAUGCUGAAAAACUUGACAAGCCAAACCACGAGCACGACACAGAGUGUUUACUUACUCGAAGUAGUGCUGUUUUUCCAAAUCCAUACCUCGCCAGCCAGCAUUUCCGAGCGGGUAUGGCGCCGACGGUCUGCACGACUUUGAGAAGAUAAAUAACGAGCUGCUCGGAGCAGAAAUAGUACAGAAAUUUUUUCGAAGGGAUUUUUUGUCCUGCGAUUGGUGUCGCUGACAUUCAGACAAAUUGUCUUUGUUCUGUGAGUGCGGUAGUUCUAGAAUCAAUACAGGGGCAGCGCAUGAUGGGCAUGAUGUCUCAACAGACUCGAACUUGUUGCAUCUAAUAUCAAAACCAAUAAAACAGACACUGAAAGUUCCGCACCCCGAAAAAGGCGACUCGGCCUUUAUACAGAUGCACAUGGGUCACGAUGUGGCAAGGGCGAAGCACCUUCUGGCCGCGCAGUGGGGGGUGCCGUACAGCAGUUUGAAGCUCUUCAUAGACGGCAAACUGAUGAUGGAUCCCCUCUCACUGUGUGACAUCGCAGCCGUAAGAGAAAACGAAGCCAUGGGAAUGGUGGAAAUCAAGGCCGAGCUGACAUCAUAGAAGUGCUGUACUUUUUGGAUUGAGAAUUGUCACUCUGGUUUGUUGUUGCUUGAAAUGAAAGACAAGCAUCGCAUGGAAAACUCCAACAUGAAAUUCCAUCUUCGCGCAGAACGAUUCUAGUAGUCCAUGUUUAUGUUUUCUCUCAGCAGGUAGAAAAGGCUGGGCCCGACGAGUAGUUUGCUGCUCCUUUUGUCUCUCAUGGGAAGAAUGUGGGUUCUUGAGUCACGCCGACGGUAGUUCCUUCGUGCUAGUAGACGCAAGCCUGUUCUUCUUUUGUACCAAAAAUUAUGCUGACUCUGCAUACUAGGC